AUGGGCUUCACUGGACUUGCUCGGUGGAUCAAUGCCCCCACCACUGGCUUAGAGCUCAUUCGCGAGAAUAUCGUUCGCAACCACCAGGGACAGAUCAGAGGACGAUGGUCCCUUAGCAUACGCUCCUACCGUUCCACGCUCGGCUUGAUUCCCGGCAUUCAUCUUCAGUCUGAACGAUCCAUGCACGCGCUCACUAUGAAUGACAACGUGUUUGUUGUACUCGACGAUCCAGCCGCUCCUAAUCGAUCAGAGUUCCUCGGUGCUGUUCAAUCUGGCCAACAGCUGCAAACUCCACCUCACUUUAGGACGACUUUUCUUACCCUUAGUCCUCCCGGUGGCCUCGAACAGCUUCUUGCACAACUCAGGGCGCGCUGGGUGCCUGUCCGACAGACCUCCACAAAUGCUCAACGCGGCCAAGGGUCAGGCCAGCAGCUCAUGAUCGAAGGCUUCGUGGCUGCCAUAGGCACUGAUUGGGUCGUACGGGUAGGAAACGUGAUACUCUCAGGAGGAGCUAUCAAAGGCAUGCUGCUCGAGGCCGAAUACCUUCCCCUUCCGUGUUUGCGCCCUCAAACUGCAGACCAUACGUCCGAGCUUCUUGCAAAUCUUCUGACGGCUGUACUGCCCAAUUUACAAGAUGCAAAAACCGUGGCUAUCUCCAUCAGCGACCAACAGUGGGCGGAGGUGCUAUGGGAUCGAGAGGAAGAAGAGCAACACGACAGUCCAGCGAAGAACGAGGAGGAUAUCUUUGCGUAUGGCGACGAAGACUUAACUGUGCAACAGAAAGGAGAUUGGGUGGGAACGGAUAGAGACCGUAGAUCAGCGUAUCUAAUAAUCGGAGCGUUGAAGUCAGAAGGAAUCCUCUAG